CAUCAAUGGGAAGAUUCAAACAAUACUAAGUUAAGUUAAAGGUUGAGUUGCAGUCUCUCGUCCUUCAAGGUCAUUUAAACGUGGAGGAGGAAGGUUUGGUUCCCUUCUUUUGUUUGGUCAAAGUAUCUCAGGCAUGCUAGAGACACUUGCGAUGAUCUUGUAGAGGAAAUAUAUUCGCACCUAGUUUCGUCAUAUUUUUGGUUUAAUCAGUACAAACAGCACCGUAAAUUUUGUCCAACCAGCAUAUACAAAGACUUCUGUCGUCUGCAAUUGAUUGUUAGAGAAUUAUCUUGUUUAAAAAUGAUGACCUUUUUGAUUUUUCUGUUACUUGUAUAUCCUAUUAUUUUCUCAAUUAAAUGGUUUAUUCGUCAUCGAAAACAUACCGUGCACCGUGAUUUGAUGGAGAAAUAUGGUGUUCCAGCCAAUCACAAGAUUGUUGGUUUCUUCCAUCCUUACUGUAAUAGUGGAGGUGGGGGUGAACGUGUUCUAUGGACUGCAGUUAAGUGUAUGUUGGAAAAAUAUAAAAACAUAGUAAUUGUUAUUUAUACCAAUGAUGCAGAGUGUCUUUCAAAUCCUGAUAAAGUCUUCAGUAACAUCCGAAGAAUAUUUGGGAUAUGUUGCAACAAACCUUCCGAUUAUUCUGCUAUACAUUUUGUACCACUGAAAUCAGAUAUAUUACUAACUCCAAAGCUAUAUCGUUUAUUCACACUAGCUGGUCAGGCUUUUGGUUCAGUUCUAGUUGGAUUGGAAGCUAUCUUUAGAUGCCCACCGGAUGUAUAUAUUGACACUACAGGAUUCGCCUUUACCAUACCUCUAACCAAAUGGUUGUGUAAUUCACAGACAGCGGCUUACGUACACUAUCCAACUAUAUCAUCUGUUAUGUUGCAACGUGUAUCGUCCUCAUUGUUCUCAAAAAAUGAAAAUGAAUUAGUUUUAACUUAUAACAAUCCUGAAUGGGUUAGAAAUAAUAGGAUCUUUACCAGCAUAAAAUUCUUAUACUACCAUCUUUUUAUCAAAGCGUACAAAUUUUCUGGUUCAAGCAUAAAUGUCGAUGUUGCAAUGACGAAUUCAUCCUGGACUCAAAAGCAUAUUCAGUCGUUGUGGGGUGGAAAACCUGUUGUGCUUUAUCCUCCAUGUCCUGUCGAGGAUUUGGAAGGAAAAUUAGUCAGUGUUCAACGAUUUAAGUGGAUUUUAUCUGUUGGUCAGUUUAGACCGGAAAAGAAUCACGAGCUUCAGCUGAACGCUUUCCAUCACUUCCUUAGCCGUCACAAAUCAGCAAAAGGCGAUGAAAAACAUGAGUUCAAACUUCUUUUAAUCGGUGGCUGUCGGGAUGACAAGGAUUUUGCCCUUGUCUCAAAACUUAAAGACCAGGCCGCUGCACUGAAACUUGGAGAUACUGUAGAGUUUCACAUUAAUUUACCCUAUCAGGAAUUAAAAAGCUAUUUUGGACGUUGUUCGGUUAAUUUGCACACUAUGGUGGAUGAACAUUUUGGAAUAAGUAUUGUGGAAGGCAUGGCAUCAGGUCUUAUUACAAUUGCUCACAGAUCUGGUGGUCCACUUACUGAUAUAAUUGGACCUUCAGAAACUAGUUCAUCUUCCAAUCAGUUAGAAAAUUCAGGUGUUGGAUUUCUUGCGUCUACAGUUGAUGAAUACGCAAAUAUUUUCGAAUUGGUAUUACUGAAAAUGUCUGAAUCACAAAUCGAUGUCAUACGGAAAAAUGCUACUAAGUGGGUACGUGAAAAAUUUUCUGAGGAUUGUUUCAUCAGAGGUUGGAUUGAUCAAAUGAAUGUAUUCAGUUUGUAGUCAAUUUCAGCAUGAUAAGCAAAACCGAUAAUAAAAAGCUUAUUGUGAUAAUCUUCGAAAGAUUCUCUUAUGUAUCAAAUUGCCUAUGCUGUUUUACAAUAUUUAUUAUCGAUUUCAUUCUGCAUAUUCUUUACUUGUAUUGUAUUUUUGAUUUAUACAAAAGACAUUUAUGUGAGUUAAUUAUCUUAUGCUGUCUGGAAUUUCGUAUUUAUCGUUAUUGAUUCAGUUAACAUAUCAGCUUAAACCUAUUGUUUAUUGACUACAUGGUGAUAAAACUUGGUAUUGCGCAACAGAGAUUCAGUAUGUAUCAGAAAAAAAUGGAAAUACAGCUAAUAAGACAAUGUAUUGUAUGGACUUUCUGGGAAAAAGUAAAUUAUUAAUUACGUGUGUCUGAACCAUAUUGAUCGACCACGAAAUCCAUAUCAUAUAAGGUGUUCCUCGAUAGAUUCAUGACAUAUAAAAGUCGAGAAUCUGUUAUGCGACUCAAAUUAUGUAUUGCUUGUUUAAUUUAUACGUUAAAUAGCGUGUCAGAUUUUUUAAGAUUUGAUUUAUUUGCAUCAGUUAUCAUCGCGUUUUCAAAUGAAUAUUAAUGAAUAUUUUACCCAUGAUAAAAUCUUGUGUUUGUUCAUAUAAGUAAUCAUCUAAGAUUGCACUGACACAUACGUGAAUAAUGGCCAAUGAAUGAAUGGUCAGGUUAUUAUAAACAUUUUAUUCCUUUGAAGCAAAAUAUCAGGAGACUAAGUAGUUCAUAUUCUAGCUAUCUUAUAUCAUACCCUUAUAAAGAAAUUUGUAACUUUCAAUCUUGUCUUUCUCAAUCUAUGGUUAAACCAUAUCCAGGUUUUGUUAUGAAAACAUUUGCCAAAAACAUAUAAGUUUGGAUGUAAAUGAUAUUUUCGAAGCUUUAGUUUGAACCUUUCAGCUAAUAAAAAAAUCAUACUAAGUUAGGAAGUAACCUCUCUUCCUGACGUAUUUAAACUCUACUGAUCACAUUUUAUCGCUAGAACUUCGGGAAUUACCUCGGAGUUCCAUCCAUAUGGAGAAAAUGAGGCAGUCACUACACCGAUAACAUUUAAUGGUGAUUAUGCAAGAUGGUCGAAGUUGUAAAUAUAAACCAUAGGUCGCCAACCUUCAUUUCAUGUUGAUAUUAUUUAAUUAACUUCUCCUGCAGCUCUUCUAGAGUUACUGCCAGUCCCAAGCCCGGGUAAAGGAGGAGGAUUGAGCAUGG